AUGCAAGCUAUUCUAGGCGACAAUUAUACCUUCAUGGCUGCUUAUCACAUUGUCAAUGGUGCUCCUCAAUUACUUUCGCUCCCUUCGAAAAAAGGCGGGAAGUUUCCGUUCGAGUUCACAAUUCCAAUAGCCGGUGAGCGCGAUGAAGACGUUCAACUAACUUUCUUCGCCAAGUCAGAGGAACUUCGGAACGCUUGGAUUAAAGCCAUUGAAACGUCAUUGAGCAACCUGUUUCCCCCCGGAGCAAAGGAUAAUGGCUACCAAUUCGAAAUGGAGACUUUCAAGCAAACGACCUACUGUUGUAUGUGCAAGAAGUUGCUUCAAGGUGUUUUCUAUCAGGGUUACAAAUGUAGAGAAACCGGGCUGGCCGCACACAAAGCUUGUCUCGUGAAUGUUCCAACCCUUCUUCCGCCACGAACCUCUUUUGUGUCGACUAAUGGCGCGAUCCCUCGUGGUAGCCGAGCCUCGAACUUGAUUGGCGCAACUACUUUUCGACCGUCCGUUGUGGCUCCGCCACCGCCCCCUCCCCCACCACCCUCGACCUCCACAGGCCACCAGCACCGCGUGUCCCGAAAUACCAGUUCCGUCUCAACCGACUCCGCAAACAGCUCUUCCAUUCAUCUCCGCCCCAUUUCGAACUCUUUUGAUGCAAUAGGUGACGUCUUCCCUUCAAAGGUGACGAACCCAACUGUGGUAACUGCUGUGGCAGACUAUUCAGGCGAGCCCCCACCCCCUGCUACACUCGGCGAUGUGAAGAGGUCCAAGCCGCUCUCAUUCUGUGUCGGUGACAAAAUCACACUCACUCAACCAUUCGAUGGAUCUAGGUGGCUUCAGGUGAGCUUUUGA